AUGCGACAAGCCUUUGAAGAAUUUGAAGAUCGUGUGGAAUACAUUCAAAAUCUUGGAUAUAGUGUUACGGUGAUGUGGUCUUGCGAGUGGUUGCAAAAGCGCUUAGACCCUGUUAUUGACCAGUUCGUAUCAUCGCAAAAUUAUCGCGAGCCACUUAAUCCUAGAGCGGCCUUUAAAGGUGGUCGCACUAAUGCAAGUCGUCUGCACUACAGCGUAAAAAACGAUGAGAAGAUUUUGCAUUAUGAUGUCGUAAGCUUGUACCCAUGUGUCAACAAAAAGAAGGAAUACCCGUAUUACGGUUUAGUGUAUUGCAAAGUUUUGCCGCCGGAUGAGUGUCUGUUUCCGGUACUACCUAGCACAAUUAAAGGUAAACUGAUUUUUACAUUGUGCCGAGCUUGUGCUACUGCCAAGGCGACUACAUUCUGUAAGCACAGCGAUGAAGAACGUUGCUUAGAGGGUGUGUGGGUAACUGUUGAACUGCACCACGCCCUGGAUGUGGGUUACAAGGUCAUAACCGUAUAUGAGGUAUGGCACUGGGAUACCAAAGAAGCCGGGCUGUUUGCCAAAUAUAUGGACCUCUUUUUGAAGGUCAAAAUGGAAGCUAGCGGUUGGCCAAAUUGGUGCAACACACCGGAAAAGCGUGCGGCCUUUGUCCAGCUUGUCAAGGAGCGAGAAGGUAUUGAUUUGGACCCGGAUGCCAUGAACUUUGACGCUGGUCAAAAAACCGCGGCCAAGGUCGCUUUAAAUGGUUUGUGGGGAAAAACAGCCCAAAAAGAUGAUGACUGCAGUACGGAAUUCGUACACAAUCCAAAGAGGUACGUCGAUCUGUGUCGGUCUAAAGCUGUUGAAAUUCAUGAUGUAUUUGCGGUGAACGAAGAAUGUCUAAUGGUCACGCAUGCAAAAGCCGACGAGUAUAACGAAGGAAAUAACACUACGAACGUAGCUAUUGCUGCCUUCACUACAGCCCACGCCAGACUUAUUCUACUGGCCCUCAUGGAAAAGUUGGGCGAGCGCUUGCUUUACUUCGACACUGAUUCGGUAAUUUUUGUGCAGCGCCCAGGCGAUUGGCUGCCAGAAACAGGUAGUGUAUUAGGGGAUUGGGACAAUCAGCUGGAAGCAGGUGAGAGUCAUAUCGUGGAAUUUGUUUCUUGUGGUCCAAAGGUCUACAGCUACAAAACGGACACUGGACGAACGGAGCUGAAAGUCAAAGGAAUGAUGCAGAAUGGAUUUUCCGAAAAUAUUUUGGACUGGGAUGAAAUUACCGAAACCUUCAAGAGAUCUGGUCGAACACUGGAUUUCGACCAAUUAAAGCGCAUCCUUGACGGCACCGACCCACACGUGCAGAUUCUGUACCCGGAAUUUAUUCGACGCAACGCAAAGACGCAGGAAAUUUGUACACUUUGUUUAGAGGCGGCGGCGGCGGGGGUGUUUGGGCACUCACCGGCAGGGCCGGUUUUCCGGCAUAUGCCAUAUUUUUUUGCGUGCCAGAGGGAUAACAUACCAGGUUCUCCCUUGCCAUGCCAGUGGCAACGCCAAAGGCACUUGCCAGCGCCAGGUUUUACACCCUGCCGUAGCGGCAGCGACCACCAGGACAACCAGCACAAUGUUAUCAGUCCGUCCAAUACGCAGAUGCAAAAGACUGCCAAGAGCAACAGCACUAUGAUUCUCUUCAUCGACACACCGGGCGCUAGAGACAAGGGCGGCGAUGCGGAUAAGUAA